AUGAAGAAUCUAGAAGAAAUAAUUAAAUUUAUAAUUAUUAAUCUUUUAAAACAACAUGAAUUUGAGUAUAUAAGAAGUAAUGCGUUAGAUAUACUAGUAGAAAUAUUCAAUGGUUAUCUAGAUUAUAUUUUAACAACUAUUAAAGGUAAAGUUAAUCAUUCAAAAAGGAAUUAUGUCAAUCUUAUAGAUUUAGUAAAGAAUAAUAAAGAGUUGUUUAUAAGUUUUGAUAUAGAUGAAUUAGAUAUUAGUAAUAACUUAGAGUUUAGUUUCCAAGAAAUCAUUGAGGAAGAAACAUGGUCUUGUCAAUUAAAUAACAAACCAGAAAAUAUAAUCCACAUUUAUAAAUGGAUGCCAGAAUUACCACCAAUUCAUACCUACAGAAGAACAUUUCAAUUAGAACGAGGUAAUAUUAAAGAAUCAAUUGGUGUUAAAAAUAAAAUUGACCAAAGCCUUAAAAGUGAAAAGAAUAUGUUUAAGCUUUUUAAUACAAGUGGAUCUCUACCUAAAUUUAUUAACUAUUUAUAUAAAAAAUAA